UUUAGUAUCAAGAGUCGAACUGAGGUGACGUGAAAGUGCACACGGGACGGGACGGGACGGGAGACGGGACCUACUACAACUCUCCAACCCACAGUGGGUAGUACUACACACCGGCAGCCAGCCACCCACAGCUGAGAAUUAAAGGACGACGACCACCCGGGGUGAAAACACCAUUGACUGUGCAGUGCCUGCGGUCGUUCUAACCUGAAAUAUGAUUGGUAAUACUGGAAAACUUGCAGGCCGCACCCUGUUUGUUACAGGGGCAAGCAGGGGUAUAGGAAAAGCCAUAGCCCUCAAAGCAGCACGUGAUGGGGCCAAUAUUGUCAUUGCUGCAAAAACUGCUGAUCCACAUCCCAAGUUACCAGGCACUAUUUAUACAGCAGCCAAAGAAAUUGAAGCAGUAGGGGGUCAAGCUCUCCCUUGUGUAGUGGACGUCCGCGAUGAAAAUUCUGUUGGCAAUGCUGUUGAUAAUGCAGUUAAACAGUUUGGAGGCAUAGAUAUUUGUAUCAACAAUGCUAGUGCUAUCUCACUUACUGGAACCCAACAUACCUCCAUGAAGAAGUUCGAUCUUAUGCACCAGAUCAAUACAAGAGGAACAUAUCUUGUAUCAAAGAUGUGUAUUCCCCACCUCUUAAAGAGCCCAAACCCACACAUUCUUAACAUCUCUCCACCUCUUAACAUGAGACCUCGAUGGUUCAAGGAUCAUGCUGCUUACACCAUGGCGAAGUAUGGCAUGUCCAUGUGUAUUUUAGGCAUGGCAGAAGAAUUUAAAGAGAAUGGAAUUGCUUGCAAUGCCCUGUGGCCUCGUACAGCUAUUAUCACUGCAGCCAUGGAGAUGCUUGGAGGAGAUGAAAUUGAUAAGCAGUGCCGCAAACCGGAAAUAAUGUCUGAUGCUGCUUAUGUAAUGCUUUGCAAAGACUCAAAAUCAUAUACUGGCAACUUUGCAAUAGAUGAUGAUAUUCUAAAAGCUGAAGGAGUUCAUGAUUUCUCAUCAUACGCUGUAGACCCAAAUAGUGCGUUGAUGCCAGAUUUCUUCUUGGAUGAAUUUGAUGAGUUCUUAGUCAAAAAGCAGGCUCAAGAUUCUGGUGCCAAAAUUAGAUUCGUAGAUGGAAAAGAUACUCAGGGACAGGGUUCAGCACAAGGAAAAGUUGAGCAAGUAUUUACAACAAUAGAAAACUUCCUAAAUCCAGAAUUAGUAAGUAAAACCAAGGCAGUGUAUGCAUUUGAAGUAACUGGGGACGAAGCUGGAACUUGGUUCUUGGAUCUCAAGAAUGGUGCUGGUGCUUGUGGUCGUGGUGAUCCUCCUACCUCUGCUGAUGUACAGUUCAAAAUGACAAGUGAUAAUUUCCACAAAAUGUUCACUGGGUCUUUGAAACCCACAACUGCCUUCAUGACUGGAAAGAUGAAGCUCUCUGGUGAUAUGGGCAAAGCCAUGAAGUUAGAAUCCCUGAUGGGGAAAUUGAAGAGCAAGAUGUGAGGAAGGUUUUUUUUUUUAGUCCUCACUUUCCAUAGAUUUAUUUUUCCUGAAGAGAUUGUCUUUUAUAAGGGGAGAAUUUUGGGGUCAUGUUAUUAAGAGUUUUUGCAGUAACCAUAAUUCCAGAUAGAAAAUCUAUUUAGUAUUUAUAAUAGCUAGUCCAAGAAUAAAUUGAAUCUUCUAUGUACUACAAUGGACAAAAAUUUGUUAAUACAUUCUAAUACAGUUGUCAGGGUAACACUUUUAUCGCCCAAGAUAGUUUUCAGAACCGUUUGAGCUGAGUAUAUUGGACAAUAAGAAAAUUUACUGAUCAUGAGUUUAAUUUUUGGUUAUAGACCGAGAGCAAUGAAGUGUGCCAGUCUCACUUACGAAUAAUUUAAUUAAAUGAUAAUGGGUCUAGAUUCCAGUGCUUCCGUAGUUUCUUUAAUUUUUAUCAGUAAAUGAUACUACUUGAUUCAUUUUAUAAUUUUUAUGGUUUAUAAAAUUAAUAUUAUCUGCAAGUAACAAAACAAUAGUAAUAUGGUACAUAUAGGUACUGAAGGUAUCAGUUUAUCUAAAUUGUUUCAUAUUCUAAGUAGACGACCUAUUUUUGAUGACAAGCAUUUUGUAAAUACAUAUGUAAAAUUGGUGGUUUUAACUAGGGUCCACAAAUAAUUUCAGUUGUGAGUUAUAAUAACUGUUAAAGGGGAAGCCUGAAUGCUUCAUGCCACAGAACUCAGAUUUCUGCUAAUGGGAAAUCAUGAACCCUGUACAAACACACUCAAGGAAAAUUUUGGAUAUUUCAAUUUAAAACAAUUAUUUUGAUGAAGGUUGUAUUACGACUUUGAGCAUAGGGAUUUCUUUGUACAGUCUGUCACAGUUCUGAAAUAACUAGCUCAACAUUAUGACAGUUUUGUGACAAAUUUGCCCCCAAACCCCCACCCUCUCCCACCCUUUUAAGGUGGUCAGAUUUGUAAGUUGGGGAGGAAGAAGGUUGACUCGAGUAACCAUUAUAAAUCUAAAAGGUCAAGAAAAUGUAUGAAAGAUUUAAAUAUUUGAGAUAUAGUAUUGUGAUAUUUAAUGUUUACUUUAUUGUAAUUAAAAAAACACUAAUGAGGAUCAUUUAACCCCAUGUAAUUUCUGCUUAAGUAAAAUGGUUCUUUUUCUAGCAGGUCCAGAAUUCUCCCAUGCUGGGCUUUUGCAGUCCACAUUUUUAGGAUUAAAUAAUUCUUCACUCUUUGGAGUGGUCUUAUCAAUGCAAUUUUAUAUUUAGCUUUAUACAGUAUGUAAAUAAAGAACAAAUUGAUCA